AUGACGCUCGCGACGACGACGACGACGAUGCCCCGCGCGCGCGCGAUCGCGCCCCGACGCGCUCCGAAGACGACGCGCAAAAUCGCGACGACGACGACGCGAUCGACGGCGAUCGACGCCGGCGAUCGAUUCGCGACGGCGACGCGGACGCUCGCGGCGGUGACGCUCGCGGCGACGCUCGCGAUGCAACAACCGACGGACAUCGCGCACGCGAAAUCCGGCGCGGACGCGAACGUCGUCGAGAGAUCGAGCGGGCUGUCGCCGAUCAGCGAUAAGGCGAAGUCGUACGGCGAAGAGAUCGACGCGCGCGAGGCGGGCGAUUACGAGAGCUCGAAGCGCGGGUCGUACAACGUGCGAGAAAAGUACGCGAAGAAGGCGCCGAAGGCGACGAAGAAGUUUGAACGACCGGUUCGGGAGGAAGCGGCGCCGAGGGCGAAGAAGGAAUCCUCGGGCGGGGGGUUCGCGUUGCCGAGCUUUUCGUUGCCGAGCGUGUCGCUGCCGAGCCUGCCGAGCCUGCCGAGCUUCGGCGGCGACGCGGCGACGGAGGACGCGGCGCCGGCGGAGGCGGAGGCGUCGUGA